AAAGCAAGAAAGAAGCAAAGAAUAUGCUUUACUUUGCUCUGCUCUGCUAACAUAACAUCCUUCCUUGAAAUUAUUUAAUGCACGUAGAACAGUAAAGAUAGGAAAGUUAAAAUGCUUUAAUAGUUUCAUUGCUAUGAAUGCUUCUUGUUACAUUAGUCCAUCGUUAUCUUUAUGCCCUUUUCGUGUCAUUCUUUGAAACUUUCAGGAGUUUUUCAUGCCCAUCUUUCUCUCUCCUUUUUUCUGACAAUCAUCUUUAGAGAGAGAUAUCCAUGGAGUUUUUGCAACACCCGAUUUUUACUGCCUUUUUAGCUCUUUUGCUAUCUUAUCUUGUUGCCAAGAUUGUUUCUUUUGCUGUUUCUAGCUCAAGCCCUGAUGUUGAUUCUGUUGCUAGGGAAGGUGGGGGUGAAAAAGGUGUGAUCUUGGAGAGGGGGUUGGAGGUUAGGAGAGGGAAAGUGGCGAAAAGAGUGAAAUUUGUAGAUGAUGUUGUGAUCAGAAGGGUUGAUCGUUAUGAGGGGUCUGAAAAUCUUGAUGCUGAGGAGGUCGUUUCUGAGGUUGAAAGGGUUGAUCAAUUUGGGGGUGAUGUGGAUUUUGGGGAAAGAGAAAGUAAGGAAGAAUGUUAUGAUGAGAGAGAAUUGGGUGAUGUUGUAAUUGAAGGGAGUGAGGAAAUUGAAAUGCUGUUUGAGAAAGAGGGCUGUGGUGCUGUGCAUGUGGUGAAAAGUGUGGGUGAUGAUGAUAUGGUAGUUGAUGAGAGAGAAGGGAAUGAGGAGAUUAAUGAGAGAGAAGGGAAUGAGGAGAUUAAUAAGAGAGAAGGGAAUGAGGAGAUUGAGGAGAGAGGAGGGAAUGAGGAGAUUGAUGAGAGAGAAGGGAAUGGAGGGAGUGAGGAGAAGAAGGUGAGGGAUGAGAGUGAUGAUGAUUGGGAGGGAGUGGAGAGGAGUGAGCUGGAGAGAGGCUUUGCAGAAGCUGUUAACUAUGUGGAGUGUGGAGGGAAGGGGAGAGAGGAGGAUCGGCUGGCGAGAUUGGGGAGUGAUGUUCAGAUGCAGCUCUAUGGGCUGCAUAAGGUUGCCCUCGAGGGGCCUUGCCUCGAGUCUCAGCCCAUGGCGCUUAUGGUCUCUGCUCGUACGAAAUGGAAUGCGUGGCAAGGACUAGGAAGCAUGAGCCGGGAGCUGGCUAUGGAGCAGUAUAUUAAAGUCUUAUCGGAAAAUAUACCUGAAUGGAUGCACGAGCAUACCACUGAUGACACCAUUCAGAGAAAGACAGAUCCAAACGAUGAAAUAUCCAUUGCUGAGCACAUCAAGUUGGGUACCAGAAACGAGCACCACUCCUGAUGGUGAUUCGAGCUCUGCGGAUAAGGUUGAAGCUGUAUAGCAGGGUAAAGAUAUACUCGUGUAUCACCUCUUUUACCAGUUACCUCUUCGGGUAAAUCUUUCGUGGGUGAAGGACUCAAGAUUUACUGUUGGAGCCAAGUUAAAUGGGUUAAUUGGUGUCCAUUUCAUUGAAUGCUACUAAUUGUUAUUAUGUGAGGGUUUGUGGUGUAUGUAUAAAUGAUCAAAACUAUGCAUAUUUAUACUUGUAUUUGAUGUUACUCUCCAUGGAUGAUUGUAUAGUAUGUUAAUGUUGUUAUGCUA